AUGUUCGCCACCCAACGCGCCCGUAAAGCAAACGCGCGACGUUUAGUUCUUCAGCCUGCAUCUUUAUCGGGGUCAAUAACAGACCAAGGUCUGAGGACGCUGUGGGGUAUAGAUGGCAAGCGUGCAACUGCCAAUAGGGCUAGCAUGGAUCAUGAGCAAAAUGUUAGAACCCCACGAGAGCAUACUGAACGGUGGAUAUCUUCACCCUUGGUCCUUGCAGAGUCCACCCUCUGUUGUCACGGGAAUCCGAACAUCGAGUUUAUCGAAUGGGAGCGAACACUCAGGGACCUUCCAAUUUGGGAAUGCCACCAGCGCCGGAGCGAGAUCAUCCAUGCCGCCCAACUUCAGCGCUUCAGCGUCAACGCAUCAUGGACAAGCACUUGGUCGACGUUCCUCGCGAUCCAUGCACAAAAAAAGGGAAUCCGCGUGUGUUGCCCAAAUUUGACGAGUUUCAUUCCUGCUUGGCGGACUCGGGCGAUCGCCACGGACAUGGGUGCAAUUUUUCUUUUCCCUUCUGCUGACGCUCUUGUAUAUGUCUCUCUCAAUCCCAAACAUGUGCAUUUCACGGACGUCCAGCUGGGCACGCGUCGACUCAACCCGCCUAUCGUCGUCAACCUUGUCUCAAAGAUUAGACACGCACCGCUCAAGCGUUCAGCUGCGGUCGCAGAUGAAGCAUCCGCUCUCACGGAUGGUCAAGACGGCAAUAAUGAAUAA